ACAAACCGGUGAACAUUUAGCCUGCCGAUGCAGUCGAGACGGUGGUGUUAGCCGUUAGCCGCUAGUUUAGCUGCUAACGAUCGCUGUAUUUAUCUUAACGCAUUCGUUAGCGAGUUAGCAGCUAAAAUACCCGGCUAAAGGCUAACUCUGCCGUCUUUUGUUAAUUUUAAAUGCCUUUUUUGGUACGUCUAACGAUUGAAUAUGAAUCUGUGAACCGUGAAGAUGCAAUUAAAAUAACAAUACGCGUGCAUUCUUUUGAUUUCAUUCAGUUUGAUGUUGUAAAUGUAUAAAAGUCGGGCAUUUUCGUCCGUAUCACACCGGCGGCUAGCCCGUGUUUUGACAUCUGUGUCCGGACGCAGUUUACACAGGCGCACCAGCAGUCGGUAUAUCGUCUCGUUAACGCAGAGAAUCUCUGUCAUUGGCCCCGUUUUCGUUCACCGUCUUAUCAUGGUCCGUCGAAUCAAAAUUGUUAUCACAAGGCGCAAAGAACUGAAUAAAAAUCCUGUGGAAGGUUUCUCAGCCGGUUUGAUAGAUGAUAAUGAUCUCUACAGAUGGGAAGUGCUAAUAAUCGGCCCUCCUGAUACACUUUUUGAGGGUGGUGUUUUUAAAGCCCAUCUUACGUUUCCCAAAGACUAUCCUCUCAGGCCUCCUAAAAUGAAGUUCAUAACAGAAAUAUGGCAUCCAAAUGUUGACAAAAAUGGUGAUGUUUGUAUUUCGAUAUUGCACGAGCCGGGGGAGGAUAAAUACGGCUAUGAAAAACCAGAAGAGCGCUGGCUCCCCAUUCACACCGUAGAGACCAUCAUGAUUAGCGUCAUCUCAAUGCUUGCUGACCCCAAUGGAGAUUCCCCUGCCAAUGUUGAUGCAGCAAAAGAGUGGAGGGAAGACAGACAUGGUGAAUUCAAAAGAAAAGUUGCCCGCUGUGUAAGAAAGAGCCAAGAGACUGCCUUCGAGUGAUAUUCAUCUAGCAGCUUGUAGCUUCACUAUUUUCAGGGUCUCCAGUUGAGAAACAACAUGGCACUUUCUUGCACUCUACCAACUGGUUUUCAUUGAAUGUUGGCAGUAACAGACUGGCAUUAAUAGGCUGCAAUAGAACAUAAGGCCAUCACAGAUGCUGACAGAAAUGCCAAGCAAGUGCCAACAAAAAAAGAGAAAAAAAACCUAAACAAUUAUGCUUUUUUUUUUUUUUUUUCUUUCUUUCUUUCUUUUCCAAGUCUAUGAACUGAUACAACUUUUCAGGAAGAGAUUGUAAAGAUGUGUACAUAGCACAGACAUAAAAACCGGAUAAUAUAUAAUAACUUGUUCCUAUCCAUCCAGCAAGACUUGGUACCAAAUAAAAUAGCAGUUCUAUAGUUAGAGUGUGACAUCAUGUAAAGUUCUUGAAGACUAUAGUUCAUCUCCCACCCUCCACCUCUGGCUGCCGCACAUCUAGUGUGCAUCAGAUCUGUUACAGGUGCAAGUGGCCUGCCCUGACGUACCCACUUGUCAGUUUGAACAAAAGUCUGCUUUGGCAUUUCUCACUCGAUCCAGUUUUAGGGUGGGGAAGGCAGGGGUAAGCUAUUGAUAAGAUUCAAAGCAUGCUUGUCAUGAUGGAAGGCUUUCUCAAUCGGGACACUUCAGGUAAAAUAGCUAUAAAGCACGAUCAUUUUCUUAUUAAUUAGGGGUCAUGAAGGUACUUCCCUGAUUUGGUUUUAAAUGGGGUGG